AUGAAGUGGCAGGCAGCCAUAAAAGUGGACAAGAAACAGAUCCAUUUAGGGACAGUUGAGUCUCAAGAAGAAGCUGCGCACUUAUAUGACAGGGCUGCUUUCAUGUGUGGGAGAGAGCCCAAUUUUGAGCUUCAAGAAGAGGAGAAAAUGGAAUUGUGUAAAUUAAAAUGGGAAGAUUUCUUAGUAAUGACUAGACAAGCAAUUAACAGCAAAAAACAAAAGAGAAAACAUAGUUCAGAAGGUAAAGAUACUAAGCUGGAACUUUCAAAGCAUUCAGAUAAUAAGCAAGGAAAAUACAUGGGUUCGGGUAAGGAAGAAGCCUCAGAUGGAGGACUGGAUUCGCCUUCUUCCUCUUCUUCUUCUUCUUCUUCUCAUGCUUGGAAAAGUAGAAUCAUUAUUCCAACCCUACUAGCAGGGGUGGCUGGAGCUGGAACUGGGUUAAUUUCAAAGCAUCGAAAAACUCUUGGUCUUGCUAAUGUGUGUUCUAGCUAUGCUGCAAAUUUCGCCAUCAUCACAGGGUGCUAUUGUGGGGCACGUGAAUUUGUGGCUGCAACUAGAGAUACAGGACCUGAUGACAUAUGGAACUCUCCAUUAGCUGGAUUUGGAACUGGUGCUCUUCUAGGGCGUCUGCAAGGUGGUCAACUUGGUGCAAUCCGGUACUCUCUGGCCUUUGCUGUUGUCGGGACAGCAGCAGAUUUUACUUUUUUAAAAUUGAAAGAUGCUUUGAGAGAUCACGCCAAAACAAUAUACCAAGACAUUGAGAAUUCAAAGAAGAGUGGAACUUGGUUAAAAUUACCACAAUGGUUCCCAAUUCAAGUACUCGACGAGGAAGCCCUUGCUGCUAAACGUGCUCAGGAAGAGCAGUUCCUUCAGCAGAGGGCUAGGAUUCGCAGCCUUAAGAAAGAAGAAGAAUCGUGA